AUCUACACCGUACUGUAUUGCAGUAGUAUUUGUCAUAUGACCCUACCAAUUCUCACUCGCGAACGCACGUGGUAUGGCGAUGUUUUGUUUACACACUUCCCAAAUAAGCCGUCCCUCUAACCUCCCACCACGCAAACUCGCCCUCACCGCCCGAAUCGAAACGGCAUCACGACCUUAGAAAAAUUAUGUAAAGCGAAUCGGACUGUCAUUGGCCGGACUCAAGUUCCGGAUAAUUUGCCCCCCGUUCGCUGCAGUACUUCACCCGCGCUUCCCGCCGCCUCUCUUCCCUCUCUCAUCAUCAUCCACCAUAUCCCCCAAACUUCCAACUUGCCCCCAAAGCUUCCAACAACCCACCAACUUUUUUCCCAAAAACCCAACUUUGUUUUUGAGCCAAUACCUGAGUCAAAAUGCAUUCCUGGUCUUUUCUCAAGAAUAUCCAUCUCCUUAAGGAGAAGUCCCCCAAGGCUGAACAAGCCUCCAACGAGCCCAAGAUGGUGAGUACCAUCGAUCCUAUGUCAUUAAAUUACAGUAUACUAACAGUUGCUUUGCAGAAACGUCACUUUGUCAAGUGCAACGAGGCCAUCAAGCAGAAGGUCAACUCGGUCCUCAGAGUCUUCCACCGCAAAUCAUCUGCCGUGUCUGCUGAGAAGUCUGCCGUCUCCAGCGAGCUCCAGCACGUUGCUGUUCCUGCCACCGUCGCGCCCGCCGCGCUCGACCAGGCCGACUCUGCGCCUGCGGCGGCCUCCACCUGUCUCCUCAAGGACGAGUCUUCCUGCGCUAUCACCGCCCCCACCGAAAAGGCCGGCAACAGCUCUUACCAAUACGCCGCCUCGCUCGUGUCGACCUCCGAGCCUACUACUGCGACAGACAGUACCUUUGGGUUCAUGCUCACGCGCACCAGCGCCCAUACCGCGGCCACGACUUACGAGUCCCUCAGCCCGCUUUCCUCCUGCGACGAAACCAAGCUCGCAGAGACUAUCAGCUACCCUUCGCAGCUCCUUCCUGAGCUCCUUGUCUCUGACCACUGGGCAGACGAGCUCCUCGCCGCGCGCGAUACCGUCGCCUCUGUGCAGCUCUGCCCUGGUGAGCCCGAACGCGCGCUCACCCCCCGCGAGGCCCCAGUCUGCCUCCGCCUUGCCUCGCUCUCUGCGUCCGAGAACUGGUUCACCGACUGCAUCCACGCCCUCGAGCGAUCGGCCGCGAGCUACCGCGCCAGAAGACGCACCAGACGCAAGACCCAGACCGUCUACGCGGUCUACGAGGAGCCCUCCUCCGACUCUUGCCCGGCUCCGCCCUCCACUCCGGUGGACCCUAACCACGUUCCUGCUUCCCAGGAUCCCGUGACUUCCUCGGCUGCUACGAGCCCCUUGGACCUCACCGCUGACUCUCCCAGCGCGACUGAUGAGCCAGCAACCACCGCGCGUGCUCAUAAGCCUGCGCCUUACUACUCCUCUCUUGGAGAGUGGUAUGCUGCCAAUCCCGAAAGACCUCGACGUCCGAUCGACAUAGCGCGGGCAGAGCUGUUGACGUCAAUGGCGACGACGCCGGCAUUGACGCCGGAAUCCACACCCGCGACGACACCGACUGCGGCAGUCGAAGACGAUGUCGCGGAGGUCCUUUCGCCCAAGACGUUGCUGCGGGAUAUGGCCAAGACCAUUGGCGCCGUCAAAGGCGCGGUGAGCGAUGUUUUGUCGCCUACCACGGCGCGAGUCGGAGUGCUGUUGAACGACUACACGCGGUGGGCUAUAUCUGCUGUUGAGGCGCGGGUAUCUGAGUAGCACUGCUGUUUUUCUGAUUCCCUCGACGCCUGUCUCUUUAUACCUUUUGUUUUCCUAUUGUUAUACCUAUAUUGUUUCUGUCCUGCCUGGAAGUUCUGCUGAGUUUUGGUCUCCUCUUUUCUACUUUUCUUUUUUGAUGAUUGGCUAUUAUUGUGUUUUAUGCGGUGUUUUAUAUCAAUUCUUCGCUCCGAAUCGGAACGAUAAAUACCUGGAAGGGAAAUGGUGGUGACCCUUGAGUACUGUCUGCGAGUCUUAUGACUGUUUAAUAUAUGUCUUUUCUGCUUCUUUUACUGUAGUUCUGUGCUGUAAUCUCGAGAUCGUAGAGUCCUU